AUGUCCGGGCGUUUUGUGCGUUCUUCUAAGUAUCUCGGAAUCUGUGAAGGCCACGUCUUCGGGCGUUCGACGAGAAAGGAGCAAUGCUACGAUAACCUUCGAAUCUCCAGAAAUGCUUGGGACACCAACCUAGUCAAAGUCAACCCGAAACAUCUCGCAGUCAAUUGGGAGGCUGGUGGUGGAGGUGCAUUCGCUGUUAUCCCUCUUGAGGAGCGAGGCAAGCUCCCGGAGCGCAUUCCUCUGUUCCGUGGUCACACCGCAGUUGUGCUUGACACUGACUGGAAUCCCUUCAACGAUGACCUGAUCGCCUCGGGUUCCGAUGACGGAAAGGUGUUUCUCUGGCGGGUUCCAGAUAACUUUACUGUUCGACCCGAUGUGGAUGCCGAUGAUAUCAAGGACAUUGCUCCGGUUGGAAAGCUGAGCGGUCACCCCAAGAAGAUCGGCCACGUGCUCUUUAACCCCGCGGCGGAAAACGUGCUGGCAACGGCCUCGGGCGACUAUACUGUGAAGAUCUGGGAUAUCGAGGCCGGUGCGCCCAAGCUCACUCUCAACAUCGGUGACAUCGUCCAGUCACAGUCGUGGAGCGCCAAUGGCUCGCUGUUGGUCACCACCUCGCGGGACAAGAAGCUCCGUAUCUGGGAUGUGCGUCAAGAACGACCUGCGCAUGAGACGAACGGACACUCGGGAGCCAAGAACAGUCGUGCCGUGUGGCUGGGAGAGCGCGACAGGAUCGCGACCACCGGCUUCUCCAAGAUGAGCGACCGCCAACUGGCUCUGUGGGAUAUACGUGCGGUUCGCGAACCUAUCAAUGGCUUCAAGACCCUAGACUCUAUCUCCGGUGUGUGCAUGCCGUUCUGGGAUGAUGGCACCAACUGCUUGUAUUUGGCUGGACGAGGUGACGGAAACAUCCGCUAUUUCGAGCUUGAGAAUGACAAAUUCGAAUUCCUGUCCGAGUACAAGUCUGCUGACCCGCAGCGUGGCAUUGCUUUCAUGCCCAAACGUGGUGUGAACAUGCACGAAAACGAGCUCACUCGCGCCUUCAAGACGGUCAACGACAGCUACAUCGAGCCUAUUUCGUUCAUUGUUCCUCGUCGAUCUGAAAACUUCCAGGAUGACAUCUACCCUCCAGCUAUUGGUGUGACCCCUGCCAUGGGCCCAUCUGAGUGGCUCUCGGGCAAAGAAGCGAUUCCGCCCAAGAUCUCGAUGGCCAGCCUGUUCGAUGGCCAGGGCCUUAAGGAGGUUUCUGGUGUGCAAGAAAAGCCAACUGGCACCAUGGAUGCCCCUGAGCCUACGCCCGCCGAGCCUGCAGUUUUAACGACAGCUCGCGAGCCAGUUUCCGAGCCUACUCCUGUGGCGCGUCCUGCUCCGUCCAUGAAGGACCAGGGUGCUUCAAUGGCGGCGAUGGUUUCCAAGUUUGCCGAUAACGAAGAAGAGGUCGAAGCUGCUGACGACGAUUCCAGCUUUGAGGAGGUCUCCAAGCCGGUUGAGCGUCCUGCUCGCUCUCCUAUCGCAGAGACUUCCUCCCCCAGGGUUAGCAGUCCGCUGCGGCCCAAGGAGGCUGAGACUAAGUCUGAGCCCAAGUCUGAGCCCAAGCCAGAACCCAAGCCAGAGCCCAAGGUAGAGCCUAAGCAAGACCUCAAGCCAGAGCCCCGCGUUGCUACCCCAAUCGCUGCGUCCCCAGCCAGCGAGUCGAGUGUGCCGACCACCACAGUCCAGAAGGAGAUUGAGGAGAUCAAGAGCCUGAUUGCCCAGCAGACCAAAAUCAUUGCCGAUCAAGCCUCACAGAUGCAGAAGCUGACCUCGGAGAUGGAAACUCUGAAAAGCAAACUGAACUAG